AUGAAUACAUCCUAAUUUUAUUAUGGUGAAGACAUAAUUGAAAAGACUAGAGAUUAUUAAUUACCAACUUCAUUAACAAGUAUAGCUAGAUCAAAAAGUGAAAAUAGAGGAAUCAUAUAAUCAAAAAUUAAAAAUUCUGAUUCUCCCUUUUCCAAAUCACAAUUAAAUGCUCUUAAAAAUAUUACAGAAUAUCACUAGAGUUAUAUUGGAUAAGAACGAAUUGAUAAGAAAAAAACAAUGAUUAUUUAGAGAGAACUUCGUAAUUAAGAUAUCUCUGAAGGUUUAUUAUCUUCUCAAACUAAAAUAAAAAUUAUUAAAACACCAUUUAAAAAGAUAAGAGAAUCCUAUGAAAAGACAUAAUCAUUUAGCAAUAAAAUGAAAUCUCAUCUAAAUAGUUUUGAUAAUGAAUAAUAAUUUAUUUAAUCUCUACUUUAAAAAGAUUAAAAACCUCAGAGAAUUGAUAAAUUAAUUAGAGCUAGACUUGGUAAAUCAUAAAUUGUAAUCCAUACUCAUUAAAAAUCAUAAUAAACUGAACUUUCUAAUGAAAAACAAAAACUUCCAAGUUAAUCCUCUUUUCGUAGAGAAAGCUAAAGAGAAAUAAAAGAUAAAAAGUAUUGUUUUUAUAAAUAUUAGAUAAGUUGAAUUAAAGUAACAAAUUUACAAAUUGAUACUGGCAUUUGAAUAUACACAUCAAAUUUGGAAAGGAAAAAACAAACUUGAAAAUUUUUUGGAUAAUCAAUAGAAAUUUGUUGGAUUUAUGAAUUUCACUUAUAAUUUAACUAAUUUACCAUUAAACAUUGAAGUAAACACUUUGUAAUUAAUAUAUAUUAGGGAUUGGGAUAAAUGUUUAAAGGAACUAAAUAUUUACUCAAAACAUUAAAGCCUUGUAUUCCAUCAAGUUUAGAUAAAUUGAUUUUUGAAGAUUUAGAAUGUUAAAAAUUUAGACAAUUGACAUUUUAAUAUUAAGUAUUCUAUAUCUUGUAUAAUCAUUCUGAAUUAAUAGAUACAUUUACUAAUCAAACAAUUAGAUUUUCAUAAAGAUAAUCUAUAGAAUGUUAAGAUUUGUAAAAUUUUAUUGAAAAGUAAUUUCUUAUUAAAAAUUUCAAUGACAUCUAAUAUAUUUAAAACCUCUUUGUACAGAAUUUUGAUUAACCAUAUGAAUUAUUGUUAUAUGAAGCUUAAUCAUUUUUUAAUUUAGUCAUUGAAUAUGAUUAUGUGAAAUAACUUUAUUGUUUUUGUAUAAAAGUAUAGGAUGCUUUGUCCUAGAAAAUUUAGUAGGAUGGCAAUAAAAACCAAAUUUAUGAAAAGGGAUUUGAUUUUAAAACUGCAUUAUCUAAAAUAAAAACUAAAGUAGUAAGAAUUUUAAUAUAAUAAUAAUUAGAUGAAUCAUGACAAAUUAUUUUCUUGUUAUAUACCAUAAAAAUAUGAGAGUAUAGAUAAAUUAGAUAAAUUUGAGAAUAAAUUUGGUAGAAUUGAAUCUAUAUCGAAUAUUUAGAGAGAGCAAGCAAAAUUGGUUGAUUUAAAACACAACUAACUAUAUGAAAAGAUUCUUAAAUUAUAAAAAUAAAUAGAAUGA